UUACCUACAUUUUUGAAUUUUCUAUAAUUUCCUAAAAUCGUAAAACUAGAGUCAGCAGCUUAGGCAAAAAUUUCGAACUAUUUACAACUCAAAAGUGCCAUACUGGUCAAACCAAAACAAUAUCUAAACACUUUUCGUGAAUUAAGAAAAUGGAUUUAAUCGAGAAAGUAAAGAAAUUCAUCAGUUAUUGGUACAUUCGAUACCUAUUGGCGACUGAAUUAUACAUGGUGGAAACCUGGGAAAGAAUAGUUAUUCAUAUAGUAUUUGGAAUACUUUUUGGAUUAUUCUGGUUCUUCAACUACUACAUCACUAUAUCAGCCAUAUCACGACUGCGGGGGAAUCACGGGAUCAUUCCAUCAUGAAUGGAGAUAUCAUGUCAUAGAAAUUGUUACACUUCAUCAUAAUCUUGUUUUAUGUACGAUAUAAUAAUAUAAAUAAGCAUUUUUUUUCUUAUUUUUAAAUUAAGAACUACAUUUUUACUGUGGCUCUCAUGUGUUCUUAAUUAUAAGGCUUAUAUUUAAGUACUAGAAUCUAGGGUCAGGUGGUAUAUAAAUAAAAACAAAAUGUAGUAAAGGGAUAUAAAUGUUAAAUAUUCUUUAUGCCUUGUAUUUUGCUUCUAAAUUUUUAUUUUAUUACAGUAAUACCUUUAAAUAUAUAUAUAUGAUUUUAGUCUGCACAAAAUGUAAUGGGGCUUGGUGAAAAUCCAAAUAGAGUAAGUUAUAGCAUUUUUGACACGACACGUCCUUACGGAUCCUCCCGAUCCAUUAACGGUGCUUUUAGGUACCACAAACACUGGCCGCCGCCCUCGUCGAACCUCGGACGUGAACCGUCGGGCUCGACUAGCGAAUUAACCCAUAGACACAGCCCUCUGAGUUUCUCGCCGGAUCUUCUCACUGGG